AUGCGUAGCACACAGGUUCCAACGUCGGUACACGAGCUACGUCCUGGCGACAUUGAUGUGGUAGCCGCCAUGGGCGACUCAGUCACAGCGGGAACGGGUAUACUAGCGACCGGAAUAUUGGACCUGAUAAUUGAAAAUCGUGGCCUCUCGUGGAGUAUAGGUGGCCAGGGUACGUGGCGUGAAUAUUUGACUAUUCCCAACAUACUCAAGGAGUUCAAUCCGAAGCUGAAUGGAUACGCUUCAGCUGAUACGAUCAGUCUGGCGAUCAAUAAGACAUCGAGAUUCAACGUGGCCCACAUUAUGAGCAUGAGUGCGGAUUUGCCCCACCAGGCCCGAAUCCUGAUCAAAAGGAUGCUAACCGAUCACACGGUUGACAUUAAGAACCACUGGAAGCUGGUGACGAUUUUCAUUGGUCAUAACGAUUUCUGCAGUCGACUAUGCUACCUGCCCAACCCAGAGAUGGCUCUACGCUAUCACGAACAGAAUCUAAUCGAAACGCUUCGAUUGCUACGGAAGUAUCUGCCCAGGACCAUGGUCAACAUUGUGUCUCCAAUUAGUGAGUGUUUUCUGCUUACACUACUCAGCGAUCAUUCCAAGUAA